GCGGGGCUCGCAUUAGAGCGCGCUGGCGUGUCCUCGCGACGCAGAGGCAGAGUGAGGCAGCGAGGCACACAGUGAGGCAGCGAGGCAUGCCGGCCUUAUCACUUCUGCUCGUGAGGAUGGAGGAGGCUGCGCGCGCUCCUCUCUGAUGCGGAUUCAGCCCGAACGUGCCCGCUGUCAACAUGGCAAAGCGGUGGUCCCCGCUGCCCACCUCUAAUAUGGCGGCGCUCAGCCCGGUCCGCUCAUUGACUCUGGUGUUUCUGGUGGUGGGCGCCUGUCCCGCGCGCUGCUUUCACCCCCGGGCCGCGGCGACGGUUGAGGCGGCGGCCCCGCUGGAGGAGGAGGAGACCGUCAUCAUCGGCCUCCGGCUGGAGGACACGGACGAGGUGUCGUAUAUGGAUAACGGCUACCUGCGCGUGAGCGAGCGCUCUCGCGUCAAGUUGCGCGUCUACGGGCAAAACAUCAACAACGAGACGUGGUCCAAGAUCGCGUUCACGGAACACCAGCGCAAUACCGACUACGGGUACGCACCCGGUCUGCACCCCUGCGGCAUCCGCUCCAGCGACAUCAUCAUCCUGCCCAGCGUGGAAGUGAACCGCAGGACGUCCGGCGUCAUCGAGAUUGACGUGAAGCCUCUGCGCAAGACCGAGAAGAGCAAGCUGUACCACCUGUGCAUCGCCACCCAGGACGAUGAGAUGCGCCCCGAGAGCAUCUGGGUGUACCACGAAGGCCACGACACCAAGGUGCUGGUGGUGGAGGAGAGAAAGUUCCUCCUGCCCUUCUGGCUGCAGGUGAUCUUCAUCGCCAUGCUCCUGUGCCUGUCCGGCAUGUUCAGUGGCCUCAACCUGGGACUCAUGGCCCUGGACCCAAUGGAGCUCAGGAUCGUCCAGAACUGCGGGACAGAAAGGGAGAGGAACUAUGCCAAGUAUAUAGAGCCAGUGAGAAGUCAGGGUAACUACCUCCUCUGCUCCCUGCUCCUGGGGAAUGUCCUGGUCAACACCACCUUGACCAUUCUCCUAGAUGACAUCGCAGGGUCCGGCUUGAUUGCGGUGGUGGCGUCCACCAUUGGCAUUGUCAUUUUUGGGGAAAUCAUGCCUCAAGCAAUUUGCUCGAGGCAUGGACUCGCAGUUGGGGCGAACACCAUCUUCUUGACCAAGUUCUUCAUGAUCCUCACUUUCCCUGCAUCCUAUCCGGUCAGCAAGCUUCUGGACCACGUCCUGGGGCAGGAGAUCGGGACCGUGUACAACCGAGAGAAGCUCCUAGAGAUGCUCAGGGUCACAGACCCAUAUAAUGACUUGGUAAAGGAGGAGCUCAACAUAAUCCAGGGUGCUCUGGAGCUAAGGACUAAGACUGUGGAGGAUGUGAUGACACCUCUGCGUGACUGCUUCAUGAUCAUCGGCGAUGCCAUCCUGGACUUUAAUACCAUGUCCGAGAUCAUGGAGAGUGGUUACACGCGCAUCCCUGUGUUUGAGGGGGAGAGGUGCAAUAUUGUGGACCUGCUGUUUGUGAAAGACUUGGCUUUUGUGGACCCGGAUGACUGCACCCCACUGAAAACUAUCACCAAGUUCUACAGCCACCCUCUGCAUUUCGUCUUCAAUGAUACGAAGCUGGAUGCCAUGCUGGAGGAGUUCAAGAAAGGUAAAUCCCAUCUGGCUAUUGUGCAGAGGGUGAACAACGAAGGCGAAGGAGACCCUUUCUAUGAGGUUCUGGGCAUUGUAACGUUAGAGGAUGUCAUUGAGGAGAUCAUCAAGUCUGAGAUUCUUGAUGAGACUGACCUGUACACUGACAACAAGACAAAAAAGAGGAUCGCCCAUCGAGAGAGGAAGCAAGAUUUCUCCGCUUUUAAGCCGACAGACAACAAUCUUGGGGUCAAAAUAUCACCACAGCUUCUGCUGGCUACCCUGCGUUUCUUGGCAACUGAGGUAGAGCCGUUUGGUCCUGCUCAAAUGUCUGAGAAGAUCCUCCUGCGCUUGCUCAAACAUCCCAACGUCAUCCAGGAGCUCAAGUAUGACGACAAAAACAAGAAGAUGUUAGAGCACUAUCUUUUCCAUCGCAACAAGCCUGUGGAUUACUUCAUCCUCAUCCUACAGGGGAAGGUGGAGGUUGAGGCCGGCAAGGAGGGAAUGAAGUUUAAAGCUGGGCCCUUUUCUUAUUAUGGAAUGAUGGCCUUAACAUCAUCACCAGUUCCACUCUCCUUGUCUCGAACAUUCGUUGUGAGCAGGGCAGAGUCACUUGCGGGAUCUCCAGAGAAUAAGUCACCUCCGCGACCUUUCGGACUCAACCACUCGGACUCUGUGAACCGCAACGACCGCAUGGAAGCUCUCACCCCAACCCUGGGCAGCAGCAACAACCAGCUUAAUGCCUUCCUGCAGAUCUAUGUGCCGGACUACUCCGUUAGAGCGGCGUCUGACUUGCUCUACAUUAAGGUGACCCGGCAGCAGUAUCAGAACGCUCUCAUGGCGUCCCGCAUGGACAAGACGCCCCAGUCUACUGAAAGUGAGUUCACUAAGAUCGAGCUGACACUGACUGAACACCAGGACGGACCAGUAGUAGAGUCGGCCUCGCUGCUGAUCCAGCAGCAGAACUCGUCCUGUGCUCACAAACCCAACAACCACAGUGCGCACGGCGAUGGAGCCAUCUAAAGGAACGCGAGAGCUCUACUCCAGGAUUUAUUUUUCUCUACUGAGCAGCUGGGAAGCUUUCACUGGGCAGCUUCUCUGGGAUAAAAUGAGCCCUCUGAUUUUCUACUUUUCAUCACAGGCUUUCUGAGGGACAGAGGGCACAUUAAAAUACUAGACACCACAACGUGGGACGUGCUAAUAUACUGCAGGCAGAACUAGGAACGACCAUUCUCUCUUCCUACUUACCUACACACUCACUCACUCACUCACUCACUCACUCACUCACUCACUCACCUGUACUCUGAUCAGACAGAGCGCACUCACAUCCAGUUAUAGAGAAAUAGAAGAGGCCUGAAGGACAUGCUGAGUUACGAGUAGCUUGCUGAGCUGGAGUGGGGCUCAUUUGUCAUUUGGGUGUUUGUGCAGAUUUGCAGAUGUUAAAAUGAAAAAUGGAAGCUUCCUUACCUCAGUUCUUUGUUUAGAACAAAAGCUGUGAGUGCUCUGGACAGAGCAAGGUAGGCAUGGCAGUCAUCAUUUAUUAUUAACACAGUGCUCGACGGGGUUCGUUUGUGAGCGUUUCAUAGAAAAGAGCCUUGUUAUACAGUACUUACAAGCACGAUUAACACCCUUGUGGGGAAUUUCUUUAGUUGCUUAACCUUUUUUAAAUUAUUUAAAUGUUCGUUUUUAGGCUGUUCUGACCUGACUAUUGACAUUCACUGGAAUCAGGGAGAUUGAUCACAGUGUUUAUAGACCAACGCUCCUGCCUCAGUCCAAAUUGCUUUGGUAAACAGAUCUGCUUACUGAUGCUUACGGAAAGGAUUCAGAGCAACCGUGUCUAGAAGGAACUAGUAUGUCUUUUUAUUACUUUUUUAUGUAUACAUGCCAUACAAGGAGCUAAAAUAGAACCUUUUAAGAGUGCUCAGUUAUGCCAAUAAGACAGAACACCAACACCAUCAGUUACAGAUGCACUAAAUAUUAAAAUAUAUAUAUAUAUAUAUAUAAAAAAAAGUAACAAUGUAUGGGGCCGAAAAAAGCAUUUUUAUACUGAAUUUAUAUUAAACAACUUAAGUUUUCUUUGAAAAAACAGGCAAAAAAACUUUAAUGCUAAUUUAUAAUUUAGGAAGUGGUCCAAAAAUGGCAAAAUCAUUAAAAACCUGCAAGUUCAAUUUUGGUUACAGCCCAAAUAAUGGCAUUACGGUGUGUCCCUACCAUCAAUGCUAAACUAAACACUAAGGUUUCUGAACAUUAUCAUCAGAUGCAGGUUCACGCUUACGGAUUCCAGUGUCUUCACAGCUGUUGCGAAGCCCUAUGCAUUUUCCACAGAAACAGCCAUGGCCACACCACCAAGCCUUUCCAGCAUAGCCAGCCGUGGAGAUAUAGAGGCUACUCAAGACCAGAAACACGAGUGUUAGGACCAAAGAUGGAGAAUUAUGCGGACGUAGUAUUGAAGACGCAGUGUUAAAUAUGUGGGUGCUGUGUUCCUUUAAGCAUAACGAUUCAAAGCAGCAGCACCAGAUGUCACUUUUAUCACUUUUAUGCAAAUACCCAACUCCCCACCACCCUACCAACCGUGCAAAGGCUGUGUCUUACAUGUGUAUAGAUACAUUAAGUGCUACGUAAAGUAUUUUCAGUACAAAGACAUUCAGUAUGUUUACAUGUGAGGGCCUUUUUCAUGUACGUUCUUUUCUUUUCUUUUUUUUUUUUUACCAUACUUUUAGAAUCUGAGGUACCGUGUCACAUUUUACACUAUACUGAGUACAGGCUGUAUAUAUCUCACCAUGUAACUUUUUCUUCGGGUUUUUGUAUGAACAUUGGUGGACCAUUUUUUGUUAACAAU